ACGAGUGAUUCUCAAAGCGAGGCCAGAUUGAAUUUGUCAGUGAAGCAAGCGAGUCGCGCUGCAACUCAUUGGUUUACUAUUAGUACUUACAUUGGGAUACCGAAUACUAUGGCAAAGGUCAGCUGUGUACUUGUGGCUCUUCUUGUCUGCUUUCUUGUGACGGACGUGCAGACACUCACGGAGUGCGACACUCUGUGCAACUCGAACGCAGGAACCGCCUGUUCCAAUAUAUUUUCAAACGUGGACGUCAAAAAUUUCAACGGAGAUAAAGCUAACUUGUUCUUGCUUUGCUGUCUGGGAAGCGAGAGAACCAUUCACUACAAAUUCAACUACAUGAAAACCAGCCUUGACCUGGAGAUGGUGAAAGGAAUUGUUGACAAUAUUAGUUCGGCACUUACAUCGAAAAAGUUUGCAGUGUUCGUAAGGAAUUGCAGUAAAGGCGGAACAAAGUUAAGUUGGGGUAAAUGGUUGUUGUUCGACGCCGGGUCUUUGUACUGUAAUGAGAAUCCAUGCCCGUGACGUAAUUACAUUCACCGAAAUGCGGACCUGUGCGAGCGUGUGUUUUCGUAAUCGGUGCAGUAAAUAAGAUAUAGAAUAUAUACACACAUACGCAUGCUCUGCUUAACCAGAAUUAACUUGGCACAAGCAAGUGAAUCCGGUAAAUUAUGACACACAGUUAACGGUGUUUGUAGUCUACUGCGGUUUGAAGUGCCCAAAAAAAUGAAACCAAAUACUUAAUCAAAUGUUUGUUGACAUUAUACUGACAGUACAUGACAACAGAAGAUGUUACCUUCAUUACAAUGGCAGCCAUUAUUGUGAUAUAAAGUUCGGAUCCACCAACACAAUAAGAACUUUUUAAAUAGUUUACACUAUAAGGUUGCAUUGUGUUAUAUGCAUUGUAUUUAAUCUAAAUAUAAAACAAGUCUUAUUUCAUGGUUUAAAGAAGCCAUUUAUAAAUUAUGUCACACACGUGUAGGCCUUUGUCUGGAGUUGUAGCUAUAUAAAGUGUUAAAUAAUUAGUAGGGCGUUGUCCUCAAUUUACUACUAUUUUUAUUCCUUUUUGAUUUUUUAUUGUGUAGGAACUCUUUUUAUUAGUUUAUAAUAUUUCAUUAUUUAGGAACUUUUUUUUAUUCGUUUACAAUAUUUCAUUGUUUAGGAAGUGUUUAAUUUGAUGACCAGGAAUAGGAGGAGUCUUGGAACAUCCUUAUGUACACUUAGAGGGUUUAAUGGGGGAAACGAGUAACAUAAUCUAUAAAUGGCUUCUGAGGUAAAAAGAAAAACAAGAUGAAUUUUAAGAGUUAUAUACAAAUCAUAAAAACAGUAUUAGGUAAUAAUGUUUAACUGCAUAUUCUAAUUUCACCGAGAUGAGGUUGAGAGACUGUGGAACCUUUAGCAAUGCGAGGAACCUAUCCAAGACUCUCGGAAGCACAGCACUUUAAUACCAACCUUCUUUUUGGGAAGAAGACAGACUACAAAGCUGAUGUGUUUCCGAUGACACAGAAACUUACAUUGUCGUUUCGUAUUUUGGGGUUUAUAUUACAUUUGCUCAUAAAAAGAUAUCCAUUAUCUUUACAUUCCUUUCAGUGUUACGUUACAUGUACAGUUCGUCUUCCGGCGUAAUUGUAGUGUCGACUCUGGAUAUGUUAUUUUAUUGCUGUUGAUUUUUCGUACCGUUAGUUUAUUGUUGUUUUUGUGUAGAUUGUUUUUCGUAAAUAAUCUAAUACUAGAAAUAUUAGGUUAUUGUUGUUUUUCGUAAAUAAUCUAAUACUAGAAAUAUUAGGUUAUUGUUGUUUUUCGUAAAUAAUCUAAUACUAGAAAUGUUAGGUUAUUGUUGUUUUUCGUAAAUAAUCUAACACUAGAAAUGUUAGGUUAUUGGUUAUUGUUGUUUUUCGUAAAUAAUCUAAGAUAUAAAAUGGAUUAAAGCUGCUGUCUCUAUUGUUGAUCACAAAUCUUGUCGCCAUUUUAACAACAACAAAAAACAAGCUAUAGUCCGUCCCACAGGGAACGCCUUUUUCACACUAUGGCAUUUACUACAAGUUAUUCA